CGUUCUGCAGCGCUAUGGAAAUGGCGCCUGCGUUCAAGCAGCAGUAGUCGGCAGUUAUAACGAUUUACACUGAACUCACGGGAAUUCACGUUUUCUCUUUGCGACUGUUCAGUUCAGCAUUACUAGACUACGAGAGUUUAUCCAUGCGAACCGAGUCCGGAUUAUGUCCGGAAAAGAGUUGCCACCAAAGUCGUGUUUGAAUUAACGUAUAUCCAGUUUUCUUGAGGGCCGUCAUCAUCAGCGUGCAGUAAGCAUGCGUGACCUGGCAGCCCAAGUCACCAGCAGCUUGCUGCGCUUCCCAGAGGUGACGAUAGACGCUCUAGGGGAGGAUGAAGUUACGCUGGACUCUGUGCUGCAUGGGAGAUUUACUGUUGGGAAAAAUGGACUGGCCUGGCUUGCCUGCGGGCCUCAAUUGGAAGUGGUCCAUACUGUUACUGGAGAGCGUGUCUCUGCCUACCGCUUCAGCGGGGUGUCCGAGCACCCGCCCACAGUGCUGGCCGUGCGGGACUUCUGUUGGCUGAAGCGAACAGGGCUGCUCAUCGGUCUGGAGGAAGCCGAGAGCAGCAUGUUGUGUCUGUAUGAUCUUGGUAUCUCACGUGUUGUCAAGGCUGUGGUCAUCCCAGGCAGAAUCACAGCCAUUGACCCCCUUGUUAGUUACGGAGGGGCCAGCGCUAACACGCAGCAUCUGCACCAGAGUUUGCGCUGGUUCUUCGGUGUGGCUGCUGUGGUCACAGACGUCGGUCAUGUACUGCUGGUUGAUCUCUGUUUAGAUGACCUGUCCUGUAGUCAGAGCGAACUGGAGGCUUCAGAUCUAGAGGUGGUCAAUAAGUCUCCGUCUGAGAUCCCACGUUUACGGGAGGGUGUGACGCAGCAGGACAGACACCUGUGUCUUCAGCUCAGCAGCCCCACGGGUACUGGAGCGACAGCCCUGCAGUACAUCCAGCGCACCAACCAGCUUGCUGUGGGCUUUUCAGAUGGCAAUCUGCAGCUCUGGAACAUGAAGACCCUCAAAAAAGAAUAUCACUCACAGCUAGAGGGUGGCAGAGUGCCUGUCUAUGCAUUUACCUUCCAGGAGCCAGAGAAUGACCCACGGAACUGCUGCUAUCUGUGGGCAGUGCAGUCUGCACAGGAUCAUGAGGGGGAUGUAGUCAGCCUCCAUUUAUUACAACUGGCUUUUGGGGAGAGAAAGUGCUUGGCUUCAGGGAAAAUUAUUUAUGAGGGUCUGGAGUAUUGUGAGGAACGUUACAGUCAAGACUUGAACGGUAUAGCAUUUCCUCUAAGAGCUCAGGCCAUCAAUACCCGUCUGAUCAGCUGUCAGACCAUAGAGAAGUUUCGCCACCACCCUGAUCGUGACGACAGCAUGAAUGAAGUGACGUCUCCUGAUACAAGUGUGUCAGUUUUCAGCUGGCAAGUUAAAUCGUAUGGACAAGGCCAGCCAUUGACCUUCAUAGGUGUUUUUGACAUUAACCGAUGGUACCAUGCUCAGAUGCCAGAUUCAUUAAGAACGGGUGAAUCCUUACGAAACUGUCCGUAUCUGGCAGUGUGGUCUCUUGACUGUGUGAUCGAAAUGACAGCUCCCUGUACACUGUUGGACAUCCUGAUUCAUGAGCGCAGUCUAAGUAGGGGUCUGCCCUACACCUGUCCUCCACCGGAACAGUUCUUCAAUCCCACAACCUACAACUUUGAUGGAAGUUGUUUGCUUAAUGCUGGAAUUGUGCACUUUACUUGCUCUGGCUAUCAGAAAGAGACCCUGAGCUACUUGAAGAAGGUGGCACCAAGUUUAGGUGACAGCAUUUCUAAUGGAUACUCACGCUGUCUCAUGUCUGGCCUCCUAUCCUCUCGUCUGGCUAAUGUCCAGCCCUCCAGCCUCUCACAGGAAGAGCAGCUUGGUGCCAUUUUGUGCACUGCUGUGGAGACAAGCUCAUUGGGGCUCAUCACUGGCUGUAUUAAACAGUGGACCACUGAAGAGCAACCAGGGUCAGCCGUCAAUCUGCGCUACAUACUGGAGUGGGCCUGGAAUAAGGUUGUGCGCACCAAAGAAGAACUGGAUGAAAUAUGUGUUCCGCUCUUUGACAGCUCUGCAAACUUCACGGAUCCCCAGACACUGCAGCUGCUACAGCACAGUCAGCGCUUGCUGGCAAACCUCAGCACCAUUUUCCACUGUUUGCUAAAUGAGGCUCAGGAGCUCACACAGAAAGGGUUGAUUGGACUCAUGAAUAAAUGCAUGGUGUCUAGCUUGAUCUCCCAGUACGCUCAGGUGGUUCUGUGGUUCUGCCGGACUGGUCUCCUUCCAGAGGGCUCUGAGGAUGAUGAUGUGCUGCAGAUAUCAAGGCCCUUUUACAGUCAUUCUAUUAUAAAGAGUUAUUACAUCAGCCAGAGGCAGGAGCUGCGAAGACUGGCCAAGGACAAGUGGUGUGCAGAUUGCCUCAUGAUUGAUGGCCUGGUGAGUCAGUGUGGGGAACGCCUUACAGAAAUUUGGAAAAGGGACGAGGGUGGAACAGGACAGUAUCCUCCCCCUUCACUUCAUGCCUUGCUGGAUAUUUACCUCCUGGAAAACAUUGAAGAAUCUGCCAAACAUGCUAUUGUUAUUUAUUUGCUUCUGGAUGUGAUGUACUCAUUUCCUAAUAAAAGUGGGGCAUCUGUGGAGUCUUUUCCCACAGCGUUUGCCAUUCCCAUUGGGCUGGUGAAACUGGUACAAGGCCUGUGGUUGCUAGAUCAUCAUGAUCAUGAGAGCUCUCUGGAGCUGCUGUUGCACCCAGCCACCAGUCACUCUCUGUGGAGCUGGCAGCACGAGCGUGUCUUGCAGGCUUUGAUGUGCCAACAGAAACACAGCAUCGCCCUGCGCUACCUGCAUGUGAUGAAGCCUCCCCUGUGCACUACCAACCAAGCCAAGUUGUGCCUCUCUGUCCUGCUUCAUAACAGGUGUAUUGUGGAGGCCUGGGCUUUGCUAAGACAGCAUUGUAACAAACUGAACAUGGAGGAGAUGAUGAAGUUUCUUUUUGAGACCUGUCAGGAGCUGGGACUGAUGAAAGAGCUGCUGAAACUGCCCCUUGGACUUGCAGAACAGGAGUGUUUGGAGAGGUUCCUUCAAAGCACUGGAGGUUUCCAGACAAACACAAGGAACUCCAUUCUCAAUCAGUAUGGGAAGGUUCUUCCUCGGGUUCAACGGAAAUUAGCCAUUGAGCGAGCAAAACCAUACCAACACCCUGCUACGAUUCACAGAGAAGUUAAAAGACCUCAGCCUCUGUCAACUGUAGCUAAACGUUCAGCCUCUGAAAAUGUGAUGACCAGAGCAGCCUUUAUCAAUAAUGUCUUCUCAAAGAUCGAGGAAGUAUGGGUUGGCAAGAACACCACUCCCGAUUCAUCUUCUUUCAAAAGCCCCAAAGAGUUCGAAAUGCAAGUGCCUAGCCUACAUCCUUCCUCUCCAAAUAAACCCGAGGCCUUUGUAGGAACUCCCAUAAACAUGCUAAACAAAAGAAUGUCCAGGCUUCUGGAUUUGGUUGUGCAGCCAUCUUCCCAGAAUUCUCCAGAGAGCUCUAAUUUGCCUAGCACUCCUACAAGGUCCAUUACUUCAUGGGCUGGACCGAAGAGUGUCAGCAAAGCUCCUGAGCUUAGUCUGCUGCAUACUCCGCAAGUGGUAAAGAGAGCUCGAGCUUUGGCGUCAGGCCCGGUUUUCUCAGCCUUCACCCCACAGUCUAUUCUGAGGAGCAGCCUACGUCCCACUCCUGUGGCCACCCCUUCUGCCUCCCCAGGCCGAUCAGUCACUCCUCCUCUCUGCUCCAAAGGGAGCCGUAUUACCUUCAUAGAGGAGGCUGAUUCUCCGGAAGCUCCCAAGGGCUCUGUCCACUGGAACAAUGGGAUUGCGAUUAACAGGGAGCUUAAUACACCUAAGAGAUCUUCCCCACCUCCCAAAGCAAGUUUUGCAGCCUGGAGUGAACAUUCAGAUGCUGAAGUGGAAGAGGCAGAUCUAAAGAGGACGUACAUGCCCUCGCUGGAAGAGAAAGAAAAUCCUGAUGUAGAAUCUGAGAGUGGAUCCUCCGUCAAAGAGAUCCCUGCAACUGAGUCCAAACAAGUGCUUCCCACUCUUGUGCGACGACCUAGUCUGGGGCAAGAAGCAAGUCUUGUAUCCAAUCAGUCUGAUACCACUCUUGAGUUCCAUGAUGCUCCUGAGGAGCUUAUGGCAACACAGGCAAACAGCAGUGUGGAUCGGGAGGUGACCAUAAGACUUCCAGGCACUUCAGAGGAAUGUGAGCCUCCUGUAAAAGACAACACAACAGCAGAAUUACCCUCUGUUACGCUGCCUGAGGUAGACCUGAAAAUACCUCAGGAGAGAGAUACAGAGGAAGACUCGUCCCAUAGAAAGACGCCUUCAUAUGCACAAGAAGCCCAAAGUAGGAGAGGAAAGCUUGAGGUGCAUGUUGAUAUUGAGAACGAUCGUGUGAGGGAAGUAACUGAGGAGGAGCUUGAGGAAACAUCAGAAGCUCAGGUUCUCAAGCCGGAUGUAGUUACAGAGCCGGAGCUUGUUGUUCCAGUUCAGGAACCAAGCUUAGAAUCUUUGGCUGAGAUUUCUAAACAUCAGGAAAUCCAGGAACCAACUGAAUCUGAAGAUUCACAAAACACAUCCUCCAUUUUUGUUGAAGCUUUCAGUUUUCCUCCUACUAUAGAGCCUGUGAACAAGUCUAUGGAAGAAAAUGCUGCUUGUGACUCUAUUGAUGAACCAGCUGUCACCAAGGUAUCAGAGGCAGUACCAGAACAACUAGUUUGUGAGGCUUCUGUAUCUGAGAUUCCAGCGGUUGAGUUGGUGAACCAUGAACAAAUGACUAGUGAACCUGAGAUUAAUGAAGAAUGUAAAGAGGAAUCUAUGGAAACCUCAGAUUUGGAUGCCUUUGUGGAACAGCAUUUGUUUGGCCCAGAUCUGUCUCCAACUUUAACCCGGUCCAGUAUUAGGGAGGAAUCACUCAAAAGUGAACCUGGUAGUGGCAUUAAGGAAGUUCAGCCCACUUCUGAGAAUGCUGCAGAUCUGAAAUCACAGACAUCAGAACCUGCUACCUCAGAGUCCAGAUCUGUAGUGAGCUUGAAUGACACUGAUGAGCUCUCCAGUGCUGAAUCUUCAGAGGAGUUAGAGGAUGAAGUAGAGUCUGAAGAUGAGAAGGUGGAGGACUCAGGUAGUGAGGUUGAGAUUAUAGAUGAAGUAAAGGGUAAUGGCAGCAGUAACCACCAGCCUGCUCCUGCCUUUUACAUGGAGGAACUCCCACCGCAUGAGCAGUACCUCCAGGAACAAACCAAUGCUGUGCUGUCACUGGUUACACCUGAGGCACAGCUGAAAAUUCAAGACACUGACAUCCUAGAGGAAGAAGGUGAAGUUGUAAUGGUUGGCCUUGGCCCUGCAGAUCUAGAUGAGGAAGAUGCAAUGUGUUAUACGGAGCUUAGGCCAUCCACCACUCUCCUGGUACCUGUAGAGCUGGCUGAGGAGCAGCAUACACAUCUUGUAGAUGGAGGAACUUUACAGACCCUCAGCAGUGCACCAGAUGGAACAAUGCCAGAAGAGUCAGAUGGCUUCACGCUCAUGCUUGAUCCAGAUGUAGAUGAACUGCCUGAUGCUUCAGAGUUGGACCACAAUGCAGCAUUGCUACCUCUACAUGAACCAGAAGAACCUCAGGAUGUGGAGAAUCAGCUCGCAACUAACUCUGAGGUUGUCAUCUUGGAGCAUACGGUUCAAGUUCCAGAUAACAGAUUGGAAGACAUAAAAGACUUGGUAUCAGACAUUGAACCUGUUGUCAUGGGUGCUCCUAAAACUGAAGACCAACCAGCUGAGGUCCUCCAGAUGGUGGAACAAAUAGUCACUCCAGAAGCAGAACCUUCUCUUCAAGAAACAAAAGAUCUUUCCAAUGGUGAUGGGCUAGAAUCUGGUCCUUGUGAGAUGCAGGAAGAAUCACAUACUCCUCUUCAUGGGGAAGUGUUGGAGUCUUCUCUGCCAGAGAAAGUCUUGCCUUCAGAAGAACUUUUAUGGAAAGUCAAUGAAGUUGCUACAUUGGACACGGAGGUGUCAACCGCUGCAAAAGGUAAUAUAACUGAGUCUAACCAAAUAGACACUACACUCUUAUUGGCUGGAGAAGUGGAGGAACUUUCCACAACCAAACAAAUAGGAAGGCCUAAGUCACCAGGAAGGCCAAAGUCACCAGGAAGGCCAAAGUCACCAGGAAGACCCAAGUCACCUGCAAGAACAAAAGUUGAAAGAUCUGGAAAAGAUAGUGAGGAAGUUCUGGAGAACAUUAAAGAGGUUCAGCACAGCCCAUCACGGAGAACUAGGAAAACAGUAACAUUCCCUGUACCUAUCCUUGAUGGAGAGAAGGAUCUUACUGAAGAGGAACAAAUGGAUUCUCAAGUACCUUCAACACCAAGACGCAUUACAAGGAGUGGCAAACAGCUCCAAGACUAUCAGGUUCCUGUUACACCCAGAAGAAGCACAAGAAAAGCAGAUGCAGAACAGCGUUCUAAUGAGAACGACCAAGACAUGCCUUCUGAGAAAGUAUCAAUGCCUGCAAGUCCGGCACGAAAGACCCCACAGAAAGCAACACCUAGGAAAGGAUCUCGACGAACCAGGAGCACAGUGGUUGAUGAUGAUGAUGAGGCCCUGUCCACUGAUCCUGUUCCCAGUGAUGACUCAGAAACACAGGCCAGGCACCGUACCAGAAAAUCCCAAGCACCAAGUGUUGAAGUUCCAGAAGCUCAUCAAGAAGUCCCAGAGGAGACGAUACAGCCUGCCAAAGCAUGUAGUAGUCCUAGUAGGGUUACACGCAAGUCUACCAGAGGACUAGCAUUAGAAAGUUUCCAACAAGAUCCUGCAGAAGAAGCCACAACCCUAAAUCAACCUCUUAGAACUCCUCCAAGAAGCAGGAGAAAGACCGUAGCCAGCACUGCAGAAAAAGUGAACAAUGCAACCUUUAUUAUUGAUGAUGCACAACUUCAGAGUGUUUCAAGAAGACUUACGAGAAGCCGGCACUGGAAUAAAGGCGAGGAUCUUGAUAAAGAAAGACCCGAUUUGACUCCUUUGAAAGUGGAGACUGAAGCUCCCCAAGCUGAUGCCCUUGUAGAGCGUCUCAAAGAUGAAGAAGCCAGGGAGGAGACUGUUCCUGUUGUAACUGAAAUUAUACGUGCCAAGAGAAGACCUACUAGAUCUGCAGCACCUCCUUUACAGAAUGAAACUCAAAUGGCAGACAUUGAAGAAUCAAAAUUGAUGGUGUCCGAUGAAAUACAGGAACAUGCAAGCAAGUCACUUGCAAGUGCUAGACGUACACGAGCGAGCAAGGUAGCAGAACAAAACUCUACGGCUGUCGACGAUUCAGUUACUCCUGUAGCUGAUUUGAAAAGAACAAGAGGACAGAGAAAAGAAACUGUUGUGCGAAAUGAAGUUGAAGUUCCAGAGGUUUUGUUGUCAUCUUCUGUGCCUCAAACCCAUAGCUCAGGAGGUGAAGGUGAUUCUCAAUCCAAAGAGGACAAUGGCCCUCUAGAUGAUGUUGCAGUUGAAACUGAGGUUGUCAAGCCCAGAAAGAAGAGGACAACCAGAACAAAAGCUGCUCCAGAACCUCCACCUCCUGUUGAGAUCAGUUUCCUCUCUCCCCUCGCCAGUCCGGCUGAACCGAUCGCCAGAACCGAAAAGAGAACAGAAGAAAAGGAAACCCCUUCCCUGAGGAUGAACCUACGCCGCAAACGCAUGAUGGAUGCCAUUUUUCCUAAACCUGUAACGAGGAGGAAGAAGCUUUGAUUGUGAAUUGUUUAAUUUGGACUUGUUUCCCAAUUUGAUUUCUCUUUUCUGCUCUCCUUGUUUCAUAAGAGCUCUGCAACCUGCUGUUUUCUAAUUAAAAUGAUCAGUGGAUAAUGUUUGGAAUAAAUAAACAUCUAAUUUGGGAUAAAUCAUUUUUUAGAAUAAAUUAUGUUGUUUACUGUAAGGAGCACUGAGGGACUUGAGCACCAAAAAAGAAAAGUUUAGUUUUUAAAUGUGUUUCUACUAAUUGAUGCCAAUGUAAAUAGCCUUUUAGGUAUGUUAUAAAUACAAUUUGAUACUUGUGAAUUAUUUUGUUACUUGUUUUGUUUACAGGAAAGAUUUUGCAACAUGUAAAGUCAGAUCAAACGAUUAUAAGGUUUAUGGUUGUACCACUUGGGAGACAAUUCAUAUAGGUGGAUACUUUACACUGGUUGAAAGUGUAAUAAAAUCAUUCAUAUUGCAUGGAUGGACUUUCUUGCUUUGAUGCUUGGCACUUGGUCUCCUCUAUCUUGAGGUCUUAAGCUGGAGAACACGGCAUUAUUUGUUCAUUGCAGAUAAUAAUGUACAUUUAUUUUCCUUCAAAUGCAUCAGUUUUAUUUUGAACAGCAUUGUAAACUUAUUUGUAAUGCCUGUUUGCUUUCAAAUACAGAACACGAGUUUACAA